AUGGCCGUUUCUAAGAACAAGGCAAAAGCAAAGGAGGACCUUCCAGAUAGGGUACACAAUGAGGCCACCAAGUCCAACCAUCCACUUUCUCCUCCAACUUCUUCUUGUGUGUCUACUGUACAGACCCAGCUUUGCAGUGAAAAAGUGUACAUGGGAGCCCACUCACAUGGCCCAGAAUUAUCUUCAUCUUCGAUUGACUUCAAUCAAGUGACACAGUCCCACUAUGAGUUUCUGGGAUCUUUCUUAGGAAGUCGUAAUACCGCCAAGGACUCCAUCUUUUACUCAUACACAAGACACAUCAAUGGUUUUGCUGCAACUUUGGAAGAAGAAGUAGCUGCUGAGAUAGCAAAGCACCCCAAAGUGUUAUCAGUGUUUGUGAACAGAGGGAGAAAGCUGCACACCACUCGAUCAUGGGAGUUCAUGGGGCUAGAGCAUAAUGAGGUGAUCCCAUCUAGCUCAAUCUGGACGAAAGCCAGAUUUGGUGAAGGAGUGAUAGUCGGAAACCUGGAUACAGGUGUUUGGCCUGAAUCGAAGAGCUUUAGUGAGGAAGGAUUGGGACCAAUUCCAUCAAAGUGGAGAGGAAUCUGUGACAAGGGAAUUGAUCAUACUUUUCUCUGCAACAGGAAGCUAAUAGGUGCAAGGUACUUCAACAAGGGCUACGCCUCCGCGGCAGGCCCACUCAACUCCUCCUUUCACUCCCCACGUGACAAGGAGGGCCACGGCUCCCACACCCUCUCCACAGCUGCCGGCAACACCGUCCCUGGAGUUAGCGUCUUCGGCCAGGGCUUUGGAACCGCCAAGGGAGGCGCGCCCAAGGCCCGCGUGGCGGCCUACAAGGUCUGCUGGCCCCCCGUUGCCGGCGACGAGUGCUUCGACGCUGACAUCUUGGCGGCGUUUGACACGGCCAUCCACGACGGCGUCGACGUGCUGUCGGUGUCGCUCGGUGGGUCCGCGUCGAGCCUCCUGAAUGACAGCGUGGCGAUUGGAUCGUUCCAUGCGGCGAAGCGUGGGAUCGUGGUGGUUUGCUCCGCCGGGAACAGUGGGCCUUCGGAUGCCACUGCGGAAAAUCUUGCACCCUGGCAUCUUACGGUUGCUGCCAGCACCAUGGAUCGAGAAUUCCCAGCUUAUGUUGUCCUGGGUGACAAUAACAUCUUCAAGGGCGAAAGCUUAUCAGCUGCAAGAUUGGCACAAAAGUUCUACCCAAUUAUUAAAGCUACAGAUGCCAAAUUGGCCAGUGCAAGAACUGAAGAUGCGGUGCUGUGCCAAAAUGGGACCCUGGACCCCAACAAGGUGGAGGGAAAGAUCGUGGUAUGUCUCCGAGGGAUAAAUGCAAGAGUGGACAAGGGAGAGCAAGCUUUACUAGCUGGUGCCGUGGGAAUGGUCCUGGCUAAUGACAAGGACAGUGGCAAUGAAAUUAUAGCUGAUCCUCAUGUCCUUCCUGCUUCUCAUAUCAAUUUCUCUGAUGGAACCGCUGUCUAUAAUUACAUCAAAUCAACCAAGUUCCCAGUGGCAUAUAUUACACAUCCAAUGACUCAAUUGGAUACUAAGCCAGCCCCGUUUAUGGCUGCUUUUUCAUCAAAAGGACCAAAUACUGUAGUGCCAGAGAUUCUGAAGCCUGAUGUCACUGCGCCAGGAGUCUCAGUUAUAGCAGCGUACAGUGAAGCCCAAGGACCAACCAAUCAAGCGUUUGAUAAGCGCCGGAUUCCCUAUAACUCAGUCUCAGGCACAUCAAUGUCGUGCCCUCACGUUUCAGGCAUUGCGGCACUUCUGAAAGCCUCGUAUCCUUCGUGGAGUCCUGCUGCUAUUAAAUCAGCAAUCAUGACCACAGCCACAACACUAGAUAAUAAAGUGGAGCCUCUGCUGAAUGCUACUGAUGGCAAGGCAACACCAUUCAGUUACGGGGCAGGACAUGUUCAACCAAACAGAGCAAUAGAUCCUGGGCUAGUUUAUGACACAACAAUUGGUGAUUACCUAAACUUCUUUUGUGCUUUAGGUUAUAAUGGGACACAAAUCUCAGUGUUCACAGAAGGUCCAUCAUAUGCAUGCCGCAAGAAAUAUAGUCUUCUCAACCUGAACUAUCCUUCAAUCGCAGUCCCUAAUCUCUCUAGGUCAGUCACAGUUACAAGGACAUUGAAAAAUGUUGGUUCUCCAGGGACGUACAUUGCUCAAGUUCAAAAUCCUAAUGGAAUCUCCGUUUCUGUGAAGCCAAGCAUCUUGAACUUCACAAGUGUUGGUGAAGAAAUGAGCUUUAAAGUAACCUUUAAGCUCAUUCAAGGAAAGGCUACAACUAACUACGUCUUUGGAAAACUGAUAUGGUCAGAUGGCAAGCAUUAUGUCAGGAGUCCAAUAGUUGUGAAGGCCCUCACGAGUAGCAAUUAA